AUGGAGGAAGUGGAUCCAGACGCGGCCGGGGUCGUGGAGGUCGUGGGGGAGACGCCGGGGAACCAGACCGGCUACGGGGCGUACUUCAACGUCACGGCGCAGCUCUGCAUGGACUUCGCCUUGCCGCUCUACGGGUACAUGAUGCCGAUCCUGCUCGUCGUCACCGUCAUAUCCAACACACUCAUCAUCUUGGUGCUCAGUAAGAGGCACAUGCGCACGCCGACCAACAUCGUGCUCAUGACCAUGGCACUCGCCGAUCUCUUCACCAUGAUCUUCCCGGCUCCUUGGCUCUUCUACCUGUACACGCUGGGCAACUACGUGCGUCCCAUCAGUCCGACGUCUGCUUGCUAUGCUUAUGCGAUCAUGAUGGAGAUCUUGCCGAAUCUAUUCCACACGGCGAGCAUCUGGCUCACGUUGGCGUUGGCCCUUCAGAGGUACAUCUACGUGUGCCACCCGACGACGGCGCGCACCUGGUGCACCAUUCCCAGGGUGCUCUGGGCCAUUUUCUCCAUUUUUCUCCUCUCCGUGCUCCAUCAGGGCACGAACGCGCUUUCUCGCAAUUUCGUCUCUGCACCUCAUCGAGAAGGAUGCCUCGUCACGGAGGCGUACUGGGUGGAAUUCCUCACCCCCGAAGUAUAUUACAGUGUCUACUAUUGGUUUCGCGUGGCGUUCGUGCACACUCUCCCCUGUCUGUUUCUGGUCAUCCUCAACGUCCUUCUCUUCUCGGCGCUGAAGAAGGCGGAGCGGAAACGGAAGAACCUGUUGAAGGACAACCGCAAGAACGAGAGCCGGAAGAUGAGGGACUCCCAGAGCACGACGUGCAUGCUCAUCGUCGUCGUGAGCGUGUUCCUCGUCGUGGAGAUCCCCUUGGCCGUCCUCACCUUCCUGCACAUCCUGCAGAGCGUCUACACCUCCGUCCUCAUCGUGGAGUACGAGGUGGCCAACUGUCUCAUUCUCUUCUCCAACUUCUUCAUCGCCGUCUCCUACCCCAUCAACUUCGCCAUCUACUGCGGGAUGUCGAGGCAGUUCCGGGAGACCUUCUCGGACCUUUUCAUGAGGCGGGACGCCUCGGAGAUCGUGGACACCACGACCACCAUGGUGAACGGGACCCGAACGAACCUCGAGAGUAACGAAACCGUUCUUUAA